AUGCCCCGUUGCCAUACAUGGUCAGCGCGCAGGGGCCGGAGCCGGGCUCCUUGGCUCUCCGGGAAGACGCGUCACGGGGCGGGCGGGGGAGGGGGGGGCUCUGCCUCCAUCCGCCGCUGGGGCCGGGCCGCCAUGGACGACCUGGACGCCCUGCUGGCUGAUCUGGAGACCACGACCUCUCACAUUUCCAAGCGCCCAGUACUGCUCACGGACUCUGGGGCAGCCCACGCCAACGGGCUGGGGCAGGAUGGGAUGCCUGAGGCCAGGCCCCCCCCGCCACCCUACAACCCUCAGCAGCAGGCCAUGUCCGUGGCCCCUCCGCCUGUCUCUGCCCCACCUAGCGGGGGCGACAAAGAGCAUCUCUACAGCACUGUCUGCAAGCCCCGCUCACCCCGGCCCAAGGAGCCAGCCGCGCCACCCUUUUCCUCGUCCAGCGGGGUGCUGGGCGCCGGCCUCUGUGAGCUGGACCGGCUGCUGCAGGAGCUCAACGCCACGCAGUUCAACAUCACAGACGAAAUCAUGUCCCAGUUCCCAUCCAACAAGGGCCCUGAUGGGGAGAAGCGGAAGGAGAAGCCAGAGGAUGCUGGGGAAGGGGGGUCCCCAAGCCGCUCCGCUGGCUCCACCCCCCCUCCUGUGAAGCCAUCAGCCACCUCUGCUACCCUGGAGCUGGACAAACUCAUGGCCUCCUUGUCGGACUUCAGAGUUCAGAGCAACCUUCCGGGGGUCUCGGCUGCGCCGCCCCCGGCCCCCACCCGAGUCUCCCUGGCGCAGCAGCCGGUGGUGUCGUCCGUCUGCCCCAGCCCCUCUGGCCCGCCCCCCCCAGCAGCGCCGGCCCUGCAGGGUGGCAAUUUGGACAGCAUGCUGGUGAUGCUGCAGUCGGACCUGAGCCGCCAGGGGAUCUCCACCAGCACCAAGGGGCUGUGCGCCUCCUGCCAGAAACCCAUCGCGGGGCAGGUGGUGACGGCGCUGGGCAACACCUGGCACCCCGAGCACUUCGUCUGCACCCACUGCCAGAAGGAGAUGGGGGGCAGCAACUUCUUCGAGAAGGAUGGCGCCCCCUACUGUGAGAGGGACUACUUCCAGCUUUUCUCGCCCCGCUGCGGCCUCUGCAACGAGCCCAUCCUGGAUAAAAUGGUGACAGCUCUGGACAAGAACUGGCACCCGGAGCAUUUCUGCUGUGUGAAGUGCGGGAGGCCCUUUGGGGAGGAAGGCUUCCAUGAGAAGGACGGCCAGCAGUACUGCCGCCAGGACUUCUACGAGCUCUUCUCCACGCGCUGCCAGGGCUGCAGCCAGGCCAUCCUGGAGAACUACAUCUCGGCCCUCAGCGCCCUCUGGCACCCCGAGUGCUUCGUCUGCAGGGAGUGCUACGCGCCGUUCCUGCAGGGCAGUUUCUUCGAGCACGGCGGGCGGCCCUUCUGCGAGACGCACUACCACAAGCAGCGGGGCUCGCUGUGCUGGGGCUGCGAGAAGCCCAUCGCCGGGCGCUGCAUCACCGCCAUGGCCCGCAAGUUCCACCCUGAGCACUUCGUCUGCGCCUUCUGCCUCAAGCAGCUCAACAAGGGCACCUUCAAGGAGCAGAACGACAAGCCCUACUGCCACCCCUGCUUCCUCAAGCUCUUUGGCUAA